AUGGACGCCGCACCUACCCUUGUCAAGCGCGAUAACGCCUCCGACCGCUUCUCCCUCUAUGUCUUUGCCAUUAUCGUCGGCUGCAUCGCCUUCGUCCUCAUUGGAUGCGGUAUCUACACAAUGUACAACGGAAAUGACGAGGAGGGGCUCAAAGAUGUCCCAUACGAGCAAAGAAAAUACAUGCAUGAAGUGCGACAGCGGAAUCUCAACGGACUCGCGUGGACGGCUAGACGGCCAGAAAUGAUUGUGCCGGUUGAAAGAUUGAAUGCUUGA